AUGGAGACGGCUCUUGGAAUUGCUGGCCUUGUAGUAGGACUACUGGCUUUAUUGACCUUUUUCGAAUUGGUCUGGAACUUCGUGGACGGUGGAACAGCAUACCGCCCCGAGCGGACACGGAGCUGGAGCUUCGCCUCAAGCAGGCGAGUUCUUGCAAACGAGAUGGAGUCCGCUGUUAUUUCGAGAGAUUCUGGUGAAAGCCCGCAUGCGACCAUGGACAAGAUAAUUGCUAAGAACAGGACGGCAAUCCGCGCGACGAUGGAGAAGUAUCAAUCACCAGAAAGUGUGAGGAGGGAUUCACGCUUGUUGAGAGAGACCCGAAAUGCAUAUCAGGAAACAUCGGGAUUUGUGACUUGGUCCCCUUUAGGCAACACUCUGCACGAGAUUGUCGCUGCUAUUAGAGGUCCACCAGAAUCUCCAUAUUCAGAUGGGAUCUUUUAUUUAAGACUCAGCUUUCCAUCAGAGUAUCCUUUUAGGCCCCCACGUGUCUGGUUCUCAACUGAGAUAUAUCAUCCAAAUAUUGAUACCAUGGGUUUGAUUUGUCACGGGAUGCCGGAAGGGGAUGGGACCCAUGCUUGACAAUAAGCACACUUCUCAAAAGUAUCUCUGUUCUCAUGGAGAAACCAGAACCCGAAGAUCCAGUUAGGUUGGAUGUUUGUGCGCAAUUCAUAAAUGAUAGAGCAGCAUUCGAAAGAAUGGCAAGAGAAUUGACUGAUCGUUAUGCGACUGGAGAGCUUGGGCUUCCUGGGAUAAGGCAGGACGGUUAUUGA